AUGGAGCCCGCAGGGGCCAGCUCUCCCUCUGUCCCUGAGUCAGAGUUAUACCGCAGGAUUCAGGCCAUUCUCCCAAAAGAGUCCGACAGCUCUCACACCCAAGGCUGCUACAACAAGGGCAUGUUGAGGUGGACGCUUCAUAAGAAAGUCCAGAACAAUCCUGCCGACAGCUUGUCUCUGAUGUGGGUGCUCAUAAAGCAGCUAGAAAAGGCUGAAAGAUGGAACAAUCGAAGAGACAUUAUUCCACUUCUCCACACAUUGAUGUACGCUUUGAUCCAGACGGUUUACAUUCCAGAUGAACUCUAUAAACGAGUUUAUGACUUUUGCAAAAGGCUCUUGACCUUCCCACAGCCCUUCUGCAGCAUCGGCCUCAGCUGCACCAGGAACAUCCGAAAGGAACAAGCCUCUCCUGGUCUCACUUACCAGAGGAUGGUCAUAGCUGAGCAGAGAUUAAAAAAUGAUCUCUAUUCGUUCCAAGAGAGAGUGUUUGUGCUGGCCGACCCGGCGGUCUUCUCCAGUUCCUUAAGUAGAGUUGUGGGCGACGACAUUGAAGCGUCUGUGUUCUCUGGAGCCUCCAGAGAAAGUGCUCCUCUUUUAGACCACAUGUGCCUCACGGUCCAACACUCCAUCCAAGCAAACAUGAGCCCAGAGCACUGCCACGGGCCCCGGCUGGCCAUGGCACUUAAGGACAUGGGGCAAGACGUGGAGCAGUACUUUCAGGAAGUGUUGUCUGCGUUUGAACACUGCGCAGACAGAGAGACGCUGAGGAGCCGCAUGCACCAGAUUUACCAUGAGGUCGUACAAAACACAGGUCCAUUCCCCCGCGGAGCCUCGUGUGACUCCCGUUUGCCCAACCCCGAUAUGAGCUUUUACUUGUGGACAGAGGAGCUGGACAUCUGGCGAGAGCUGUCCAAGUGGUUUCGCUCAAGCUCGAUGUCGGACUCGUUCUCCGUGAGCCAGGACCAGGACCAGGACUUUGAUCUGGGAGAAUCUCAUAUUGAGAUGCUCUCCGACAUGACUCGCUUCUCUGUGAUGUCCACUGACAGCGGCAUCGAAAGAGACCUCCCACUGAGCCCUGAAUCCUGCAUGGAUAGUGCUGCUUUCAGUUCUCCAUGUGAACAAAGGAAAAGUGAUAAGAACUCCGGGAAGCUGGUCCGAAAACCAGGCAUAAAGUUACGUCCCACAGUAAAGGACGGCGUAGCCUUGAUGCAGGACACGCUGGAGGACCAGGCCUGUCUGGGAGGGAAAGCACCCAGUGUAGGAAGAGGUUUACAAAGACGAGCGGGAAGCAAUGCCCUGAAGAGCCCCUUCCCCAAGCAGCAGAGAUACUUCACCGCCAAGAUCGUUGCCAUGGGAGACGACCGGGUGCUCGGUCGCCUGGCCGAGACUUACCGCUUCUUCAGGAAAAGGGAAGCUCGAAGACUUUUCCUCACCAUGAAAGUGAACCUACAGUUUUAUUACAUCCCUGUCAGCUCAUGCAAACCACAUCACUCUCCCAUCAAGGAAAUUCCAAGUCCAAUAAUGGAGAAUGACUGCUCUCUUGGAUCAUACUUGAGCAUGGUAGAUCCUUGGUACAAUUGCAAUAUCAACAAGUUGGGAUUCACAAUAACCAAACUGGCAAAAAUGCAAGAUUCAAAGUCACCAACCAAAGAUCCCUUCAUUUCCGACAUCUUGUCCUACUAUGUGCGACUGGGGCAGCAGCCUGUGUACUUCAACAUUUACUUUGUCAAGAUCCACUCUUUGACAGGGGACUCUGUGGAGGAAGUGUUUCUCACUCAUCUGGGGCUGGAGUUCCCAGAGUUUCAGCACAUCACGGCUUCUCUUAAAGAAAAACAGAAGAAGAACUCCAGCGAUGUGUGUGGGGCUAUGGUGUCAAUGAGUUACAACAAGGUGACAUUAAGUGGUCGUGAUUCUAACAAAGGACUGUCUGUGAGAAUGGUGGGUGCACAGGUGUGUGCUAUCCCCUCCAGCGAAGCUGAAGAUCUAAACUGUUUGACUGUGGUUUUCAAUGAAACAGCCACUAAAAGUAAAAGUAACACUGCGGAAUCUAGGAUACGGACAAAUAAUAUCAGGAUUCGAUCUUUGGAAAGUCGUUCGUUCACUGUGACACUGGAUAAGGAUAGUCGUCGUGUUUAUACAAAAGUUCAAAGCAUUGAGAUCGUCCCAUGUCUGGACCCUGGAUACUGCGUUCAGAAAACUAUUAAGUCUAAAUUUCACGAUGACAAAGAGAAGGACGCUGGACUCAGCAAAUACAUGAGCAAAGGACUUUCUCUGGCGAUCAACACCUUCACUGGGAUCAUCAACUGA